AUGUCUACAGGAAAGCGGACAGCAGACCAUCUACCCCCUUCCGAACAGGUAUCAAAUCGUCCUCGCCAUAUCGCCCCCAAGUUCCUCGGCGUGCUGCUUCAGAGGAACCCUGUCUCAAGUCCUCCCUAUGUUGCCCCCGUACCCGUUCCUCCGCAUGCUGCUUCAGAAGGACCCUCUAUGAACGACUCAAGUCCUCCCUAUGUCGCACCCGUUCCUCCACAUGUCGCCCCAGUUCCACCCUAUGUCGUCCCCGUACCCAUUCCUACACGUGCUGCUUCAGAAGGACCAUUCAACGAAGACUCAGACAAAGACUCAAACAAAGACUCAACCAAAGACUCAGACAACAACUCAUUCUGGUUCAAGCGGAGUCUUCGUCAUGCUUUUCCGGAUUUCCCUACUCCUUCGUCUUCGCCUUCUCACUCCCCCUGCCCCUCCCCCUCACACGCACUCUACCCUAUACCCGAAUCAUCUGAUGAGGAAGAAUCGGACGCACAUCACUCUCGCAUCGACGCUCCCGAUGAAGCGUGGAAAGCCCUACCCACCUUGGGUGCAACACCGGACGAUUCCCCUGCACCGUCUUUCGAGCAAGUUAUGGCAACGCCCUCUGGACCACAUCAUUCACGCUCAUCUGGUGAAUCCUAUGUGCAGCACAUUGGCGAAACACCCCGUACACCCGAGAAUCAAGGCACGGUGCACCGCAAAAUACCAGCUGCACCCAAGAAAAAACCCCCGCCCCCGCCACCCGUCCAGGGAACCACGCAAGCUACUUUGGAUAGACCCACUAUGCGUGCGACACCGGAAGAUCCCCCUGCGCCGUCUUUCGACCAAGUCAAGACAACACCUCCUAGGCCACAGCAAGCUAGAGAAACACCCUACACUCCCGAAAAACUAGGCCCGAAGGAGGUCAAGCAAGCUCUCGCUGAUGGUAUGAAGAAGUACAGCUCCUUCUUUGAUGGCCUAAAGUCCGGAAGACUGCCGUCCGAACGCUUUGAGCCUGGGGGGGAUAUGAGUUCGGUCUUUGCGCGUGAUUUUAUAGAUUCGGACAAGGAGACGAACGAUCUCUUAGCUAAGAGCAAAUUUUCGGCCCCAGUCUCUCUGCUCUCUGGAGCUUCGGGGACCGGAAAGUCUCAGACAUGUGCACGCCUCCUUGGAAACUCUCUUGGUUUAGGUUUUUCCUUUCAGCCCUCCGAACUCGGAAAGGACCCCACCGAUCAUGGCUUUCGGAGAGUUUCCGGCAUGCUGAACUCUCUCGCAUACAGGUCCAAGUUCGCCCCCAUAUCUGGCGACCCAGCGCAACUCGACGAGAAUCGGAAACUUGUGCAAACUUUCGUCGCGACUUCGGUCCUGUGUCGGCUUUCUGUUCUCGAAGAAUUCCUGGGCUGCAAACCAAAGGAUGUGUCUGUUGAGACUUGGAAGAUGCAGUGGGCUUUGUUUGAAUUUCAUCCCCAACUAUCAUACAAGGACUCUCCCGAUCUCUACCAGGAUAUCUGCGAGUACUUGGAAGAGGACCUUCAAGAUGCUUGUCCAUCUACGAUUUGGAGGCUAGCUCGAGAGAAAGUUCGUCGGCUGCAAUCCCGCUUCCGACAAUACAUGGAGAUCUUCUACCUGAUCCUUGACGAGGCUCAGUUCGGCGCACUGUUGUACACCUCUCAUUUUCGCUCUCGUGAUGACCCUGGUCGUCCUAGUUCACUCUUGCCUGAGAUGCUUGCGGCAUUCAAGAACCUCGGCCUAUUCGAUCGUAUCGUCAUCUCCGGAAUCAGCCUAUCUGAGGACCAAAUCAUAGACUCCGUGCAGUCCACGACCGCUCGCUUGGGUACCGGCCUGAAGGUGGUCUAUAUUCCAGAUGGUUUCUACGACAAGGAAGAGCAACGGAAGUAUAUAGUCAAGCAUCUCGGGCCUUGGGCUAAAAAGCGCAAAAUACCGGAAAAGUCCUUCGAACGGCUUGUCCAGCGGAUGCUGGACUUGUUUCCCGGCCGGUAUCGAGUGACUGCGUGCUUCAUCGAGCUAGUGCUUCGAUCCGAUACCGAAUCUCCUCAUCGACUUUUCACUCUGUAUGCUCUGCGUCUAACUGAUGGCUAUGUGUGUACGGAUGGAGGUAAGAUUGAGCGCGAAGAGGCAUGCCUCGAAGACGAAGCGAUCAAGCUCGCCGACGAGAUCAGACCGAUGAUCGUCUGGAAGGAGUACGACUCCUUGCCCGCUGACGUCAAGACGACGGUUAUCCACAUGGUCGCACGCUACCUCACCACCGGGACCCUGUCCACCAUCACUGACAAGGAGCUGAAGCUCGUCAAGGCUAGUAUAGGGCAUGUACGCUGCGAAAAGACUUACGACGGGAGCAAAGACGAGAACAAUAUUCAUUAUGACGGGGGCAAAGACAAGAACAGUACUCACAAGUCGAGCGGCGCCGAUGGACAAAAGGCCUUCGUCGUUUCCAUCGACGAGCCGCUGGUGAUUUUUUCUCUUAUGAUCCAUUGCAAGGACGAGUUGAUCAAGGCCGUGGCCGACUCCACGCGCUGGGCGCCCGAAGCCUGUUCGCAAGGACGAUCGUACGAACUUCAGAUCUUGGUCAUCAUCGCGCUGAUGUUCGGCGGCCAAUUCCGCAAGUUGGGCGAUCUUCUCCUGUUUCACGAGAAAUACAAACAUCUGGAGAAACUCGAAUGUGAGCUCGUCGCCAUUUACAAGGUUGAUGGCGAGUAUAUCGCGUCCUCGGCUGGGUGGGGUAGUGGUCCUAGUAGUAGCCUCCUCGGGUUCAGAGCCAACAAGGCCCCAGAUUUGAAGGAGACCCUUGAACGUGGUGGAGGAGCCGCGUUCUAUUUCCCCGACCCGAACAACCACAUCGACGUGGAACUCUUUGUCAGACCCAGGGGUUCUUCGAAGAUUAUCAGGAUCCGUGUGCAGGCCAAGUUUACUACUGGGGAGAACGGUAGCAUCAGGUCGCUGACUUUCUGGGAGGCCUAUCGCUCUCUUAACCCGGAAUGGACCUACAUGUCUCGCUGCAACAAACCGGGAGAACCGGACUGGAAACUUUCGACUCAGGAAGGCCCCGCGAUCAUGGAGAUCUUCGAGAAGAUGCGACUGGCAAAGCACGGAGACUACGAGCCUCUGGUCCCACUAUCUGCCGAGGACGAAGCGAAAAUUCCGAACGAUAUCUACGUCAUUGCCAUCGCGGGGCCUGAGGAGACUCCCAAGCAGUUCAGGGAGUGCGAAGAGGCACUCUCGAACGACGCCUUCGGCCCUCUGGCCGUAACCAAGAGUUGGGCUUUCAAGGAAUAUUUCGGCGCUCCCUGGGCGCUGGCUGGUGCUCAGAACAUGGUCAAGAUUCCAGAGCCGAGGGCAACCUAG